CAAGGACCGUGCACACCGCUUACCAUGAAUAAUCAAAACUUCCUGCUAAAUAGUGGUCUAACAACAGACAAAGCGGUGUGGAUUCAGUACGAAGACAUUCGACUAAAGCAAAAAUACAUUACACCAAUGCAGGGUCCGGACAGCCUCCCCAGACGAAGAGAGUGAAGAUAUGUCAGGAGGACGUGGCUCAUUAGACAUGGAUGACUUGCAGGACCUGCCUGAACUGCCGAUCAAGAAGGCAAGGCAUGAGCUCAACGUUGGACUGGAUAAAGAGCCACGGGGAUUGGGUGGUGAUGACCAAAGCCCCCCUACUCUCUUGGGCUCAGGAGAUCAGGAUGACUCCUUCUCCUCCUUGUCUAAUGCCCAGCUUGAUGGAGGGAGCAGGGACCAGUCUGGUUCAGACAGAGGAGGAGCAGGGCCUCAGGCUUGUAACGAGUCCAUGAACCCCUACACACACACUGCGGUGACCUGUAAAGAGCUCACCAUGACAACAGCCUCUGAAUAUAACUCCCACAUCUACCAUGGAAGCAGCCCAGCCGUCACCUCGUACAGCAGCCAGGUGGCCUUCCCUCCUCUGACCCAGUCCACUGUGUACACCGCCUUCCCCCAGGCAGGACAGACCUACGGCCUCCCACCAUUCGGUGCUAUGUGGCCAGGUGUUAAGACAGAGACAGGGCUGCCUGAUGCAGUGCCUUCUGUUGGCCAGCCUGGGUUUCUCAGCUUCAGCUCUGCAUAUACCUCAACCCAGCCAGGCCAGGUGCACUAUUCAUACCCCAGCCAAGGCUCCAGUUUCACUACAUCCAGUGUGUACACUAACAUCCCCUCAGCUACCACGGCUACACCUACAGUGACUCACCAGGAGUUCAGCAGCUAUAACUCUCUGGGCCAGGCCCAGUUCCCUCAGUACUACGCCCCACCUCCUAGCUACGUGCUCGCCGGCCAGCCCAAUAGCGAAGGGAAUGGAUCCAGUGUGGGUGUGGCUGGCUAUCCAGCCAUCAAGACGGAGGGCAGUGCCUCCGCUGGACUGCCCAGCACUACAGCCUGUCUGCCCUCUCCCUCAGACGCGUCUCCACGUGAGAACCUCCCGACUGGAGUGGCCCUCCCGGCAGGCGUGGCUCUCCCCACGGGGGCCCGGGACCAGGAUGAGGCAGGGAGGAGGAACCCUGCUGGCAAGGCCAAGGGGAAGACCAAGAAAUCAGACAGCAACCAGCCCACUGACAACGACCUUGAGAGAAUCUUUCUCUGGGAUCUGGAUGAGACCAUCAUAAUUUUCCACUCUCUGCUCACCGGCUCCUUCGCUCAGAAGUUUGGCAAGGACCCUGCCACAGUACUGAACCUGGGCCUUCAGAUGGAGGAGCUGAUCUUUGAGCUGGCAGAUACACACCUGUUCUUCAAUGACCUGGAGGAGUGUGACCAGGUCCAUGUUGAAGACAUGGCUUCUGAUGACAAUGGACAGGAUCUGAGCACCUAUAACUUCCUGGCGGACGGCUUCAAUGGCCCCAGUGGUGGAGGGGCCCCAGGGGCCACCACUGGAGUCCAGGGUGGGGUGGAGUGGAUGAGGAAACUGGCCUUCCGCUACCGCCGUCUAAAGGACCUCUACAAUGGAUACAAAUGCAACGUGGGAGGCCUGCUGAGUCCCAUUAAGAGGGAGCUGCUCCUUCGACUGCAGUCCGAGAUGGAAAAUGUGACGGAUGCCUGGCUCAGUACGGCACUCAAAUCCUUGCUGCUCAUCCAGUCCAGGUCAGCACAGGGUAAGUGUAUGAAUGUCCUGGUGACGACCACCCAGCUGGUGCCUGCUCUGGCCAAGGUGCUGCUCUAUGGCCUGGGGGACGUCUUCCCCAUAGAGAACAUCUACAGUGCCACCAAGAUAGGGAAAGAGAGCUGCUUUGAGCGCAUCGUCUCUCGCUUUGGGAAGAAGGUGACCUAUGUGGUGGUAGGAGAUGGCCGUGAUGAGGAAUUUGCCGCAAAACGGGUAGGCCUAUGUGCAUUUGGGUAUCGGCUGCAUAUUACAAGCACAACAUGCCUUUCUGGCGCAUCUCCACCCACGGGGACCUUGUAUCCCUCCACCAAGCUCUGGAGCUAGACUUCUUGUAGAGCGGAAGGGAUAGAGGUCUGACACAGAGGGAAACAGUCAGUCACACCACUGUUCGCUUGUGGAGUGACUUCUUCUUCUUUUCUUUAUUAUUAUUAUUAUUAUUAUUCUGUACUCGGCUCCACCCCAGCCCUCUGAAAUACACACCUGCUGGCCCUAGUGAGUUACUCUUGCCCCAGUAUGAUGGCCAUGGACUGAACUGAGGUGGACUUGGGGAUGGCAGUGGUUGGGAAGCAGACUGGACAGACAUACUCUCUGAUGCAGGGCUCCUGCCCAGCAGCACUCUCCCUAUGGCAGCUAUCCUGGCACUGGGGCACAGCAGUCAGAGAGGACACAACUAAAGGGAAGAAGACAAACCUCUGGCUCCACAACCCACAGGCUGUUGUUCCUCUGGGUUCAUCCCAAAUUACACCCUAUUCCCUAUGCAGUGCACUACUUUUGACUAAGUAGUGUUCAAAAGUAGUGACUAUAUAUGGGAAAGGGUGCCAUUUGGGAUUCACUCUCUCAUUCGUGGAUCGACCAAAGCAAAGGUCUGCAGCACUGUCGGGCAUCACGGAUGGACGCUUUGGAUUGUUUUAGAGCCCUCAGUAGCUAUACAUGAAAGGAUAAUGUCACAAAAUGAAUUAUUUUUAUAAUUUUUGGGUUAUUUUGCACUCAUUCCAAAGCUUAAAAAACAGAAUUCAAUGUUACUGAGGCAGCAUUGAUGGGGGUUGGUAAUUGUUUUAGUUUUUCUAAGCAUAUGAUGAGAUGGCUACUUAGUAAUGACCUUCAAUUGCCUUCUGGAUGUAACCUUUCUACAAGUUAUACUCUAGUACUGACUAUGUCCUCCAUGGAGAUAGAAUGUUGUGCUCAUUAUAAAAACCACCCUUCUCUCAGCUGUCCUGACCUCUCCACUGUGUCAGACUUCAACAGCCUAACAGUCUUCUGUGGUCUUUUUACAUAAACUGAUGUGUGGCAAUGAUUCAAUGAAGAACCUAGCCUGUAUUUCACUGCAUGAUAUCUAUGGACUCCAGGUUGCUGUAUAUUAUUACCUAAGAUAAGCCAAACCUGGCCUUUCUGUAAAUUAACUUUAAAAGUCCAAGGAUGGGCCUUUGAAACAAUGUGUAAUUUCUUCAGCAUUGUGCUGAAGUUCAAUGUGUGUACAUGUAUACAUAACCUUUAGAAGCUGUCCCCACUGGGCUAAUUGUUCCUCAGAGCACAGCCCUAAGUGUCCUUGAAUUCCUGCAAAGGGACUUAAACUUGACAAAUAGCAUUUAAAAGCAGUUUGCUGAAAGGAAUGGCAAAUCGCACAAUCCAAUCACAUGUUUAAGAUGCAGUGCAAUUGUUAUGUUAUUGUUCAAUACUGGAAAUGUUAGACCAAGUCACAGGAGGUUUGUCUGGUCAAUAUGGUCCUGAUUACCUCACAUGACAUAUUUUCCAUCACAAAGAUCAACUGCUUGAGUCAUUGAUAAAUGGAAAUGUGUGUAGGUCGCAAUUGUAAAAUCAAUCUAUAGUUGAUUUGCAUGUGUGUUUUGUUUUUGCACACAACCCCAGAUACCAUUAUUUCAAUGUGGUGGGUAACUUACCAAAAAUAUGUGUUGAUUUAUUUCCCAGGAGUGACAUCAGUUUCCAAAUACCACAGAUUUUCCUAUAGUCACAUUUUGAAUAGAGAAACAGCAGCAUACAAAGAUAUGUCCCCAAGUUGGUAAUUCAUCAGUGAACUAGCUGGGGUGCCCAAGAAAUAUACAGCCGCUGUCUGUUUGCAGUGUAGUCAGUCGAUCUACCCUCGUCAUUAUACAUAUUGGGGGGGAAAACAGGGAUGACCGUGCAAUACAGUUCUGGUCAGUGGUAAUGGUAUGCCUGUUAUUAACUGGUCUAUAUUUCAAGGGACAUUUUGUUGCCGCAUGUAGCUAGCUGGUCAAGAGAGUUGAUUAGAGGGUUGAUAUUAUUAAACCCUGGUCUGUGUGAGAUUAUGACUAAACAAUACUGAGCCUGAAGAAGAUUUGGCAAUUUUACACACCCCUGCAGCUUGACCGUUAAGAAUGUGUUCUUUGUGUAUUUGUUUGCAUCUUUCUAGAGUGUCUUGUACAUAUUUAUAUUGUGCCUUUUUAGCCAUCUAUAUUGUAUAUGAAUAUAUCAUCUUUAAGGGAAAUACUUAAGUUGUGUUAAAUGCAUUAUCAAACAUGGUUGUUGUUACACACGUUAUUUUACUAUCAGUAGCACUGAAAAGCUUACUGUAUGUGAAAUGUAUUUUUUCCUUUUGAAUAAGUUUUAUUUUCUUGUUUUGAUUGUCCUGCCGAUGACAAAUGUUACAGCGGAAAUUCUCUCCUUUUAAAGACGAUUCGCAGCUUUGUUCACCAAGUCAUAGCAUCCUUCCCUUUGUUGAAAACUGAAUGCCAAUGCUGUCACCUAGCAUUUCUGAGUCGCUGUGACUGGCUUUUACUGCUUAGACAAUCAAAUCUGUAUCACAUGGUACUUUGAAUGGUGCCCAGAUCCACCUCCUAUGGUGAAGCAUGUAUAUAGACUUGCAGUAUGUUUGUAUGUUCUCCUGAAACAGUACAUGUUACUACCUAAUGGAGUUAAGAGGAAAUGGAUGCAUUGUAAAAUUAUGAAUUAGAUCCUUUAGAAUGGAAGGGUGUCCUGGACAUGGCAUUUUGUGAAGUUGACACACAUUUGGAAGUCAGCAUACCCAAACCAAAAUCCCUUGUUUUGUUUUUUAUUGUUGAACUGAUCAUUAGAUCAUCUUUAGUUUUGUUUGCCUUUCACCCUUUUGGUUGGUAUGAUUUAGUUUGUUAGGUGUUUACGGUGCAUGUAGUUCUAUCAGUGAUAGUUUGAUUUAAAGUACUCUGUUGCUAACAAAUUAUGAUUGUUAAAAAAAAAGCUGGAUAUGCUUUUUGCAUUUCCCUUGGAUUUGUGUUAAAGGCUAAGAACUAUGUACAAUUUUAUAAGUGCAUUUUGACCAGUCUCUGUUGGCUGUCAUGUAGUGUUUUACAUUUCAACUGUCAAAUGCAAGGAGCUAUGAAGGCACAGCUUUGUAGGGACAUAUCUGGCUCAACUUGAUCAUGUUAUUUCUUGAAUACUCAGCUAGUGUGACUAUCUUCUGUAGAAAAAAAGCCUUGACGAUAAAACAUUUAAGGGACUUGUUUUCCCACCCCACUUUUUUGUCUGGGACCGGAACACUGUUGAAGGCCCAAUAAGGUUGUCCUGUGUAUAAUAACACUCAAGGCAAUUGUAAAUACAAAUAAAAUUACUUUCAAAGUG